CAGAAACGAGGUCUCUCAAGAAGAAAGCACACAGACUCUAUGAGCUGCUCUCUGUGCAGUCACAACACAGCCACUGUUAGCCAACAAAAACUGUGAAUCUGUUGUCCACAAAUGGCUCAGAGGAUGCGUCGUGCAGAUAAUGGACAAGAUGGCCGAUCAGUCAUGGGGCUGGUAGCAGUGCAGGUGGAAAAAGACCCCAAGACAGGGACAACCACUGUCAAGACAGUGGCCCCCAUGUCCUCAUCAGCUGAUGUGUCAAAGGCUACUGCUGUGUUUGACGAUGGCAGGAAGAGUAUCCACACCGUCAGCGGGUUGGAGGAUCAACCCUCAGCCCAAGAGCUUGACCAGAUCCUGAGCGUCGUCAGUGGAGUUGGACUGAACGUGCUGCUGAAUGAGGUUACAGUCACACCGAGCAAAGCAGAGGUUAAGAUGGAAAAUGUUCACAUCAGCACAAAUCCAGAGGAAAACGUUUUGGCUUUUAAUCCCCGUGAUGCCAUGCCAAAGAAACAGUUGGACAGCUCUGGAAGUGACAAAUCUGAAGGUGGUGUAAAGAGAGAAAAGUGUGCCGUAUCUGUCAGAAACGCAGAUGAUAAAACCAUGAUGGUGGUCAGAGACUCUGCCGAAACAGAGGAUGAGAUUGUAGGUGAAAGGUUGGGGGAAGAUCCGGUCACACUUCUGUUCCUGGGCUAUACUGAUGCUACUGCAGAUCAGGAAAACCACGAAGGCAUGCUCACUGCAGAGCGCGUUGUUAUUACAGAAGACGGAGAAGAGUUUAUAUUAACCCCUGACACAUCCGAGUCACUUCUAUCACCACUAUCUCAAGGAGAGGAGAAAAAGACGGACAACAAAAGCAGUCAAGAGGCUCCUCUGGGUGGAGAUGAAGCAGAAGUUAAAGUUCAGGAGGAGGUCAAAGAAAAGGGAAAAUGCAAAAGAUGUCAGUGUUGCUCUGUCAUGUGAAAAAGACU